AUGCUCCUCGGGGUGUCUCUGCUGGGAGUUGUAGGGGUGGAGACAGAAAUACUCGCCUCGAUUUCUUUCUGUUUUUACAGGGAAGUUUUCAAAGCCAAACAUCGUCAGACGGGCAAGAAAGUAGCGCUGAAGAAAGUGUUGAUGGAAAAUGAGAAGGAGGGUUUCCCCAUCACAGCCUUGCGAGAGAUUAAAAUCCUCCAGCUGCUCAAACACGAGAACGUGGUGAACCUCAUUGAAAUCUGCAGGACCAAAGCCUCUCCCUACAACCGCUGCAAGGGCAGUAUCUACCUUGUGUUUGACUUCUGCGAGCACGACCUGGCUGGCCUUCUCAGCAAUGCCCACGUCAAGUUCACGCUCUCGGAGAUCAAGAAAGUUAUGCAGAUGCUAUUGAAUGGACUUUACUACAUCCACAGGAACAAGAUCUUGCAUCGAGACAUGAAAGCUGCGAAUGUCCUGAUCACGCGGGAUGGAGUCCUGAAGCUUGCGGACUUUGGGCUGGCCCGAGCUUUCAGCCUGGCUAAGAACAGCCAGCCAAACCGCUACACUAACCGGGUAGUGACUCUGUGGUAUCGGCCACCAGAGCUGCUCCUAGGGGAGCGGGACUACGGUCCCCCCAUUGACCUCUGGGGUGGAGGCUGCAUCAUGGCAGAGAUGUGGACCCGCAGCCCCAUCAUGCAGGGGAACACAGAGCAGCACCAGCUCACCCUCAUCAGCCAGCUCUGUGGAUCCAUCACGCCGGAGGUUUGGCCGAACGUGGAUAAAUACGAGCUGUACCAGAAGCUGGAUCUCCCCAAGGGCCAGAAGCGCAAGGUGAAGGAUCGCCUGAAAGCCUACGUUAAAGACCCCUAUGCACUCGACCUCAUCGACAAGCUGCUGGUGCUGGAUCCCGCCCAGCGGAUCGACAGCGAUGAUGCACUGAACCACGACUUCUUCUGGUCAGACCCCAUGCCCUCGGACCUCAAAAACAUGCUGUCCACCCACAACCAGUCUAUGUUCGAGUACCUGGCCCCACCGCGCAGGAGGGGUGGGCACAUGCCCCAGCAGCCGGCUAACCAGGGCAGGAACCCGGCCGCCACCAACCAGACUGAAUUCGACAGGGUGUUUUGAGCGGGGGCUUCCCCAGCGGGGUCCCGGCUGGGCUACUCCGCAGGUUGCAUUCAGCGGGGAUGUCCCGGCGAGGUCUUUCCGUCUGGGAAAGGACUUUCUUCAAGGCGAAGUGCCUGCUGGCUUUAACCGAGCUCUGCCGUCUCCUCUCCUUGUGCAGCAGCUCAGCCACCGUGGAGCUGCGUGACUGGGGAGGUGACGCCUGCGAGCCCGGGGUUGUCUCUCUGCAGCUUUGGCACAGAGCCUGUGUCCCCCCUGCAACAGUCUGUAUUGUUACGUUAAUCUUGUGGAUCGAUCGUUAUGGACCCGGUGGUGGAGAAAGCGGCUCUGUCAGUGCUGGGGCUCUUGGCAAGCGGUGCUGUGACCGGCAGGACUGGGGGUAGCUGCCCUGGACCAAACUGGGCCCUGCUGGGAGAUGUCUCGGCUCUCUCGGUUGGACGUAGCUCCUGCGCAGCGUAUCCUUUGAACGCCGAAGCGCUGAUGCAGGACGAGGCAGGUGCUUCUGAGUAAUGCAGAGGUGUCCUGGGGAAGGCAGAGUCACUCUAGACAGCAUGACUAACUCUCACUGGAGUUUGGGUUCUAGCCUAGAAAGGGGCUUGCUGGGCAAACCAGAGGGGGUGGUUGGCAGAGCUGGUUGCUCCAUACAGCUGGGAUUUACAGUGGGAAUCGUUGGUCUCUGUAACAGCACGCGGCGUCCACGCUUUCUUCGUUGCAAACUGCAAUUAUGAGUCUUGUUGGACACACCCAGCCUGCUGCGUGCUUUCCCCGUAGUGCUGGCUGUGGCAGGGGUUUGGAUGGGGAAGGGAGGUGCGAGUGCUGGCCUCAGCUUGGGGUGAGACCUGCCGUCCCGCUGUCUGCAGGGAUUUCACGAGUGCUGGGAACACUGUGCUGGGAGCAGGGUGGCUUUAAACACUCGCACGUCCACUCCUGUCCCGGAGCUUUUUGCACAAGUCUAGAGCGAGACCGCUGCCUUCCCUGCGUGCAGUGACCAGCCCGAUGCACUGUGGUGGUGUGCGCACGCCUUCUGCCAGAGCUUGUCGGGACCGACUCGUACGGAGCGAGUGCUCCUUCACAGCCUGCCGCAGCGGAGCUGCUCACUGAACACUGUGUCUUCCAUGGCUGUCAGCUGCAGCUGGUCUUCUCGGUGAGCCCCAUGGAUCCCAAGACUUUCAAACAAAUAACGUGUACGAAAUGCAGCGGGUGAUAACCUUUGGCAUUUGAUAGGUUGUCCAUUAACUAGACUAAUGGCAAAAGCCACGUUGGUAGCGUAAGGUCUCAGGGGAGGAAGCGGUGGUGAGCGGGGCCGUUCUCAGGACAGAAAGUGAGGAUGAUAAAGGACGUGUACAAGGUAAAUCUCUCUCUGUGCGGGGCUCUGAAACAGUGUCUGGUUGGGGGGGGGACUUGGUUUCUUUGGAAAAAACGAAGUCGGUUGCAAGCAAUAAGCCAGUUGACUUCUGCCGGUUGUGAAUAAACACGGUCCUGU